CACUCUCAAAUCAGAGCAGAUCAAGCCUGCGCAAUGGAAUAAAACUCCUCAAUAUUGAUAUGUGAACAUCUCCUGGAUUUCUUUUUUUUUCUUUUUAUCCCCCCUCAUUAUUUUUCUGCUAACCAAUUCAUUUCCAGAGUUUGCACUUAAGAAGCAAUGGGAAAACCAACAGUCUUUCAACACUAUUAUUUAAGUGCUGCUUUUGUGAUUUCUUGAAGGUAAAAAUGCUCACUGCAACAUCCAUUAAUUUCUUCUACUUUGGCCUAUGUUUGCUCACAUUAACCAGCUCUUCUGUUGCUGCUGCCGGCCAAGAAACACUUUGUGGUGCUGAGUUGGUUGAUGCUCUUCAAUUUGUCUGUGGAGAAAGAGGCUUUUAUUUCAGUAAACCAGCAGGUUAUGGAGGCAGUAGGCGUUCCUCUUCUACUAGGGGAAUAGUGGAUGAAUGCUGUUUCCAGAGCUGUGACCUGAUACGGCUGGAGAUGUACUGUGCUCCUGUCAAGCCACCUAAAUCUGCACGAUCUCUACGUGCUCAGCGACACACUGAUAUGCCUAAAGCACAAAAGGAAGUGCACUUGAAGAACACAAGUAGAGGAAACACAGGAAACAAGAACUACAGAAUCCCAAACCCCAAAGCGCUCCACCGACACAAGCCACAUUGAGGACCAGAGCCUUAAGCAAGGAACUUGCCUGCGUCAAACUAACCCAGGGGCAAGUUUCCUGACAAUAGAGAGUCAACUUUUACUUUGAGGUAUGACAGAGUGACUCUUGACACAUUUCUCACGAAUUCAAUUGCAUCCCAAGAAGAAUAUCAAAACUACCAGCUGGUGUCUUACAGCAUUUUUUUUUAAAUUAGUAUUGCUACCUAAAAGAAAGAUUCUUCAAUGCAAUAUUUGUAUUUCUUUUAUUUUUUGAAAAAAGCAGAAUGUUAUGGGGUAUGUUUUACAUACUUUGGAGAAAGUUUGAAGUGAGGCAUUUUUAAUGCAUCCCAAGAGGUUUCGGUAACAAAACUUGAUGCAUAUUUGCAAUGUCAAUUGCCUCUAACCACUUGCAUAAGUUCUGCAUAAUCUUCUCUGCAAGCUAACAUGACUGAGGAUGGGCUAACACCUACAUGGGUGACCUCUUACAAAUCUAGCAUAUAUCAUAAGUAGCCCUCCGAUUUAUAAACAUACUUAUUUUUUUAACUGCCAAGGUGCUAAAUGUUGAGAUUAAUGUUGAUGUAUUUCCCUUGUGAUCAUAUAUUUCCCUUGUGGUCAAGGAGAGAAGCAACCUAGAACUAAGGAGAAAUUUCCUGACAGGGAAGACAAUAAAGCAGUGGAACGACUUGUCUUCAUAAGUUGUAGGUGCUCCAUCACUGGAGGUUUUCAAGAAGAUAUUGGACAGCCAUUUGUCCAGAAUGGUGUAGGUCUCCUGCCGGAGCAGGGGGUUGAACUAGAAGACCUCCAAGGUCCCUUCCAACUCUGUUAUUCUAUUAGUCUUUUAACAGUAAAAAGUUCUUAGUUUUUUCCCCUAAAUCCACUCCACUUCAGAUCGUGCAGGUGAUCUUCCUAAGUGCAUGCAAAAUGCAUGAGCAUAAAUGUUUGUGCAAAAGGCUGUUCAUUUUUGGAUUUUCUAGUUUGCCAUUUUCUCCCUUGUGUUCCAUCAGAAUACAAAACUGUCAUGACUACAUGACAAGUAAAUAAUAUUUCAUACUAUGUAUGUAACAUUAGUAUGUUGCAGAAUUUCCUAUUCCAAGACUCUUAUCAAAUACUACUCAUCAGUUAUUCUCUUUAUUUAGCAUUCAUUAGUUGCACACAGACACAUAGGAAAUCCCAACGACCAAAGUUUUAUUGUUUUGUUCAAAGAAGAAGAAGAAAAAUCUCACCAUUUCAUAGGUCACUCAGAAUCAUUUAGCCCAUGUGCCAACUCUGUCCAAAAUGUUUAGCCCGGUAUACAUUGUUCCAUAAACAAAUAGCAUACUCAUGCUUCUUAAAUGCUUUUUUAGUGCUUAUCAUGAUAGGUCCAAACAUUCUCAAAAGCUAACUCUGAUUUCCAUUUUUUUUAUUUUUUUGCAUUGUAUCUCUAUAUUUUAAUUGACUGCAGUUUCUUUUUUUAGAAAAAUGGACUCAGUCACACUGUAUUGAAUGAAAGCAAAAGCAAUCUUCCGUUUGUAGAAUGUAUGGAAAUAUUUGCAACCCUCUUGGAACAAAGUCAAAAUGUGAAACAUUGCUGUAAGAGGGUACCUUUCUAAUGUAUUUGUAUGUAUAAUUUACACCUCUGUGAGGUUGAAUAAAUAAUAAUGGUUAAUAAAUA